AUGCCACCGAAGAGAAACAAUGCUCAGGGAGAACCAGCAACUGAGGAGCCGGGAGAUGCGAGAGUAGAGCUUGUAGUAGGAGAAGUCACCAAGCUCAAAGCCGUAGUUGAGGAGCUUGUUGCACAAUCAUUGCAGAACCAGAAUCAGAUGGAAACGUUACGUAAGGAGGCCGCUGAAAAUCAGAUGAAGCUGCUCAAUCUCAUGUCAACAUUUUCGAAGGAAUUUGAGGAAAAAGGUGAAGGCCAGGGAUCAGUAACAAAAGGAAAGUCGAGUCCUGGAACAGUGAAGUCCAGUGGGAAUCGAAGUUUGAGACAACUCGAAGGAGAUGAUUUGGAGGAAUUUCGUCAAUCGAUGAAGAAAAUUGAGUUACCAUCGUUUUAUGGGGAAGAUCCAGCAGGGUGGAUUGCUAGGGCUGAAAUUUAUUUCAACGUUCAAGAGACACGAGAAGCUGUUCGAGUGAGUCUUGCUCAACUUUGUAUGGAAGGGGGUACGAUACAUUUUUUUCAAUCUCUGUUAAAUGAGUAUGAAAAUCUGUCAUGGGAGGACUUGAAGAGAGAGUUAUUGGAGAGGUAUGGUGGAAGGGGAGAAGGAAGUGUUUAUGAUCAAUUGACCUCGUUGAAGCAAACUGGGGUUAUGGAGGAUUACAUUCGAAACUUCGAGUGUCUGAUUGCUCAGGUGCCUAGUAUGCAAGAUGAGCAAUACUUCUCGUACUUUACACAUGGAUUGAAGGACGAACUCCGGGCAAGGAUGCGAAGUAUACAUGUUGCGAAUCCUCUUUCCAGGGGACGAAUGAUGAAUGUAGCUCGUGCUAUUGACGUAGAAAUCUAUGGUAGGAGCAGGGGGUGGCAGGGAAGAGGUGAGACACGUGGAGAGGGAAAGACCCAACUUGGAACUCGACCCGUUUCUCAUGUGUUGGGUAAAACCGGCCCAUGGCAGAAUAAUGGAAGUUGGGGAGGAAAAGGGUCAAGCCCAAGUGCACAAAAUGAUGGGGGUGAGAACAGCAAAAAUGGGCCCAAGGAUAGAGGGGCUCGUCACCUUUCUUAUCAGGAGUUGUUGGAAAGAAAGAAAAAGGGUUUAUGUUUUAAGUGUGGAGGUUCAUUUGGACCGCUCCAUCAGUGUCCCGUUAAACAACUUCGGGUCAUAAUGAUUGAUGAGGAGAUACGAGUCGAAUGCGAAGAAAAUGAAGAGAAGAUAAUAGAAGAUACUGCAGAUGACGUUAACGAUGUCGAAGGGGCAUGUACUGCAUUGAGUUUGUACUCUAUGACGAAAGGGAAGGAGGAACAACCACGAACGAUGAAGUUGCGAGGAAAGGUGGGUGAAAUCCCAAUGAUGUUUCUAGUAGACAGUGGAGCAAUCCACAACUUUAUCUCACGGAAGUUGGUUGAAGCCUUGGGUUGGGAAUGGGAAAGGACGCAACACAUGAAAAUUUUGAUGGGAGACGGGCAUAAAUCUGAAACUCAAGGUGUAUGUCGCGGAAUGAGGGUGACAUUCGAUGAAGGGGAAUUUGUACUUGAUGCUUUUCUCUUCGAUUUGGAGGACAUGGAUAUGGUAUUGGGAAAAAAGGGAAAUAAAAAAGAUGGGUUGAGCCAAGAACAGAGACGUGUGCUAAAUGAUGUGUUGCAGAAUUUUGCGGAGGUGUUUGAUGAACCCAAGGGGCUGCCACCUGUACGUGCGAAGGAACAUAGUAUCAACCUUCAACCAGGGCAAGGUCCCAUUAACGUGAGGCCGUACCGUUAUGCCUAUCACCAGAAAAAUGAAAUUGAGAAACAAGUGAGGGAAUUAAUGGAGGUGGGUCAUGUGAGGCAUAGCCAAAGUGCAUAUUCCAGCCCAGUUAUUUUAGUAAAGAAGAAAAACAACAAGUGGCGCAUGUGUGUGGAUUAUAGAGCACUAAAUAAGGCCACGAUACCGGACAAAUUUCCUAUUCCAGUGAUAGAAGAGCUUUUGGAUGAAUUACAUGGGGCCAAAUUCUUCUCAAAAUUGGAUCUUCGUUCGGGCUACCAUCAAGUGCGGAUGAGAAAGGAGGAUAUCCCGAAAACAGCCUUUAGAACACACGAGGGGCAUUACGAAUAUCUCGUAAUGCCGUUUGGGCUUAUGAAUGCCCCUUCCACUUUCCAAGCACUUAUGAAUGAAGUAUUCCGCAAUUGGCUAAGGAAAGGAGUAUUGGUGUUUUUUGAUGAUAUACUCAUAUAUAGUAAGGGCUGGGAAGAACAUUUGCAAUUGCUGGAAAAGGUGUUGAGUACGUUGAGGGCCAAUAAGUUAUUUGCGAACAAGGAAAAGUGCACGUUUGGGCAAGAAAGUAUCGAAUACUUGGGUCAUAUUAUAUCGAUACAAGGAGUUGCGGUUGACCCAAAUAAAGUGAGUAGUGUUAUUGAUUGGCCUAUCCCUACGAAUGUGAAGGGAGUCCGCGGGUUUUUGGGGCUUACGGGAUAUUACCGUAAAUUCAUUAAAGAUUAUGUGUGA